UUCUGGCAUAAAGCAUGUUUCCACUGCGAGACCUGCAAGAUGACCCUAAACAUGAAAAACUACAAGGGCUACGAGAAGAAGCCGUAUUGCAAUGCACACUACCCGAAGCAGUCCUUCACCAUGGUGGCAGACACUCCUGAGAACCUGCGUCUAAAGCAGCAGAGCGAGCUUCAGAGCCAGAUUCGCUACAAGGAGGAGUUUGAGAAGAACAAGGGGAAAGGCUUCAGCGUCGUGGCUGACACCCCGGAGCUGCAGAGAAUCAAAAAGACUCAGGAUCAGAUCAGCAAC